ACAAAAUGAUAGCGUACCGGAUAAACUUAGAGGUAAUUCCCCGAGAUAACAUCGACUGUCCGUAUCGGAAUAUUUAAAACUGCAUUACAACCACGCAGCAGUCAAUCAGCAAACGAUAGGGAAGCACAGUUCAUCAUGAGGCUGUACGUUUUCCUUGUAUUAGUCAUCUCGAUCGAAUGGCCGUCAGCUUUAUCCGCAUUUCAAGAUGCGUCGAUUCCAUCGAUGAUCUUGGACUCUACUGAAUAUUCUUUCAUGAAAUUCAACUACUGUGACAAGUCCAAAGCUGUGGACGUGACGGUACUAAAAGCAAGAUUAGAAGGUAAGAUAUCCUGCGGUUGUUCCAUUACCGAGGCUACAUCAGUUCCCAUAAAGGAUGAUUACACUCAAACAACCGGAGUUGGCGCCCACAAACUGCACAAGCAAGCGACGACUUGGAAUAAGGCGCGAAAAAUCUGCAAUGAAGAGGGCGGACACCUAGCCAUUAUCAAUUCCAAAGCUGAGGAGGCUGUUCUCAUUAAAAUGCUAGUCGAGGCAAGGAACUCGAUAUCAGGUACAUCGAACACCAACGAAGCUUUCGUCGGCGUGCACGAUCUGUACGAGGAAGGUGACUGGGUAACUCUUGACGGUGAACCACUGCAUUCAACUGGAUUUUCAACCUGGACAACUAAGUAUGGUUGUUGUAACCCUGACAAUUAUCGUGGUCGUCAGAAUUGUGGUGCAAUCGUGGUAGAUGGAGGUAUGGACGAUGUCUUCUGCGACGUUAAUCAUGUGUUUUUUUGUGAAAUACUGCAAAUUUGCUGAUCUGGACUAGGAGUUUUACGAUGAAUAAAAAUCUUGAAAAUAA